UCUUUUAGGGCAUUCUCCUCAAACGCAGUGGCAAGUCUCUCAACAAGGAAUGGAAGAAGAAGUACGUGACGCUGUGUGACAACGGAGUCCUCACCUACCACCCCAGCCUGCAUGAUUACAUGCAGAACGUCCAUGGGAAGGAGAUCGAUCUUCUGAGGACAACGGUGAAGGUGCCGGGCAAGCGGCUGCCCCGGGCGACAACGGCAGCAGCACCCGGUGCCAGCCCCAAGGCCAACGGGCUGGCAAAGGAGCGGAGCAGCACCCAGCUCGCGGGAGGCACAGGUGCCCCCCACUCGACCAGCAGCACCUCGCUGCACUCGGAGCGCUCCGUCAGCGGCAUCAACCUGGUGGGCUUCAGCUCCAAGCCGGACGGCAUGCACCAGCGCUCCUACUCCGUCUCCAGCGCGGACCAGUGGAACGAGGCCGUGGCCGUCCCCGGCGGCUGCCCCAACCCUGCUAACGGCACUGCCGAUUCUCUCAGCUCCAGCCCGAACAUUUCCAACACUGCCAGUCCAAAGCUGGAACCACCCCCGUCUCCGCAUGCAAACAGGAAGAAACAUCGCAGGAAAAAGAGCACAGGGACCACACGGCCCGACGGCCCCAGCACCGCAGCAGAAGAACCAGAUGAGCCGUUUGAGUUCAUUAUCGUUUCCCUGACGGGGCAGACGUGGCUCUUCGAGGCCUCCACGUCGGAGGAGCGAGAACUUUGGGUCCAGGCCAUUGAGAGCCAGAUCCUGGCCAGCCUGCAGGGCUGCGAGAGCAGCAAGAAUAAGGUAGAUCCCGACUGGGCCAGCCUCAACCUGGGCGCCCUCAUGUGCAUCGAGUGCUCGGGCAUCCACCGGAACCUGGGCACCCACCUGUCCCGCGUGCGCUCCCUCGACCUGGACGACUGGCCCAGUGAGCUGCUCAUGGUGAUGACGGCCAUCGGCAACGCGCUGGCCAACGCCGUGUGGGAGGGCGCCGUGGAGGGCUACCCCAAGCCCACCCCGGAGAGCAGCCGGGAGGAGAAGGAGCGCUGGAUCCGGGCCAAGUACGAGCAGAAGCUCUUCCUGGUUCCGCUGCCGCAGUCGGACAUCCCGCUGGGGCAGCAGCUGCUGCGGGCGGUGGUGGAGGACGACUUGCGCCUGGUGGUGACGCUGCUGGCCCACGGCACCAAGGAGGAGGUGAACGAGACCUACGGGGACGGGGAUGGCCGCACGGCCCUGCACCUCUCCUGCGCCAUGGCCAACGUGGUCUUCACGCAGCUGCUCAUCUGGCCUCGUGCUGCCUCCACACUGCCGGCAUCCGGUCCCGCUGCAGCAGCAAACGGGAUGCGGGGGGAACGUGCAUAA